AUGACAGCUCCCCCCUGUGGCAGGGUGGAGAUGUGGCGGUGGAAGAGGCCCGGGUUCGAGCAGACGCUGCUGGGGGAGCUGCAGAGGCAGCAAAGACGCAGUCUGUUCUGCGACACCCUCCUGCAGGCUGAGGGUAUCUCCGUUCCGGCUCACAGCUGUGUGCUGGCCGCGCUGAGCCCCGCCCUGGCGCAGGUUCUGUGCAGUGGCCCCGCCCCUCCCCCUGGGCGGAGCCGGCUGCUGGAGCUGCAGGCCGUGGGGGCGGAGCCUCUGCUCAGGCUGGUGGGCUUCCUGUACUCGGGCCGGCUGCAGGGGGAGGGGCCUGCCGAGCGGGAGGAGCUGCUGCAGGCGGCCGCCAGCCUGGCCAAGAGCUGCAGCCCCACAGCCACAGAGUCCAGGGGUGGGGCUGUCCUCAGCAGCGGGGGUGGGGCUGUCCUCAGCAGCGGGGGCGGGGCUGUCCUCAGCAGCGGGGGCGUGGCUGUCCUCCGCAGCGGGGGCGGGGCUGUCCUUGACAGUGGGGGCAGGGCUGUCCUCAGCAGUGGGGGCGGAGCUAGGCAGGGUUGGGGUGGAGAUAGGGCGGAGCAACGUGAGCAGGGGGGCGGAGCUAGGCAGGGUUGGGGUGGAGAUAGGGCGGAGCAGUGUGAUCAUGGGGGCAGUCUCAGUCCGGGCAGCAGCUGUUUUCUGAUUCCCAGCUGCACUGUGCGGGGAAAUGUGGGGAGGAUGAGGAGCAGAGGGAUGAAGGGCAGGGCCCGGCAGAGGGAUCGACGCAUAUCCAUCAAGAUCAGACUGAGGCGGCAGUCCAGUGGCGAGCUGUGGGAGAUCGUCAGUGUGCGGGAGGAGGGCGCGGUCUCUACCCCCAGGGGCGGGCACUCCAGCAGUAGGGGGUGGGGCCUGAGACAUCGGCAAAACCAGCCCACGCUCAGCAGGCUCGCCCGGAGCAAGGAUGGUCUCCCAGAGGUGAAGAGGCCGAGUGGGCUCUCAGUGGGCUCCGCCCUCCCCCAGAGGAUCUGCAGAGGCCUGUCACUCACCCCUCCAUCCACCAUGACCUCACCCCCAACCCAUACUCAUCUUCCCCCUCCCCACAGACCCGUCCCUCUUCAGCACAUCCACCCUGCCCACAACCCUGUGCCCCUCCCCCCAGCUCCGCCCAUCCCCGAGGACUCCGACGAGCAGAUCGAAAAACUCCUGGAUGACAUCAUGAUGGGUCUCAACAUCCUGCCCCCCAUCGUCGUGGAGACGGAUGCUGGUGGCCAUGGCGACAGCAGGAUUCUGGAACCCUCACCAGGAGCUUUUGGAACCGGCGCUUCUGGCCCCUGUCCUUACCAGUGCCCCCAAAUCACAGAGUCACCAAGGCCGAAGAACAGGCUGAUGUGCUCAAGGACUCAGGAUGGCCCUUUUCCCACCAACCGCCAAUCCAGGUACAUAAGUUCCCAUGAGACUACAUAUCCCAGGGUUCCCCAGCAAGCCUCGGACGAGCUGCAUAUCCUGGAUCGCUUCCUGUUUUCACGGGAGAAUCACGCGGAUGGGGCCUGGGAGAGAUCUGCACUUGGACACAGUGACGGUGGAGGUGCAGUCACCAGCGGAGACCUAGGGAGUCUGACCCAGCCUGGAGCUGGCACAGGUGGGCACCCAGCAACCAGCAUCACACCAGCAACCAGCGCAAUCUCGAAGGCCCCUUCUGUUCCGGCGGCCCAGUCAACACUGGGCCACUCCUCAUCUCCCUGGAGAGAACUACGAAUCCCAGAGUUCCUCUCUCCACCUCCGCCCAUCAGGUUCAGGAUGGAUGAGCUGCGCCUGCCGGACUGUCUCUCUCCUCUCGGCGCAGAAGCAGGGCUGCCCCCCUCUGCUUCUCCCCCCUCAGGCCCAGCCCCUCUGCCUCCCCAGCCCCUCCCACCGUGGCUCUGUCCCUUCCCCGUCCCACUGCACGUUCUGUCCACCCCCCUACCUGACGGACUACAAGUCCCAUCAUCCCUCUGUCCACCCAAGCGCAGACGAGGGCAGCACGGCAGCCCAAGGGGAGUGGCUAGGGGGGGCCGGACAGGGGCUGUGGAAGAGGCCGGAAGGAGGAAGAUUGUGACCCGUGGAUUGCCUUUGGAUGAAAGGAGGAAGAGGAAGGGAUGGAAAGAGGAAGAAAGCGAGGAGCAGAGAAGCCGAAAGAAGAGGAAGCAGGCAGUGAGCCACGGAGGAAUACAGAAAAUGGGGCGGAGCAUGGGCGGGGCCAGCUAUGUUGGGCGGGGCAGGGGCGGGGCCAAUAAAGUACGGAAGUCGGAUGUCUGUGCAGACCAGGCGGGCGGAGCUCUGCCAGUAAAGCAGCAGGAGGUCUGCCUGCAGAGAGUCAGACCAACACUGUCAACCCUGAGCUGCACCCCCGGGCCAGAGGGUCCCCCAAAGCGAGGCCGAGGCAGACCACCUAAGAAAAGGAAACUGAACGAGGAGACCACAGGACCGGUGUCCAUUUUGGCUCCGGGCGGCUCUGUUGGACAGGUGGGAGAGCAUGGGCACAAAUCACAGAGGAAGUGGAGGAGGGUGAUCAUACCCAGCAGCCAGACGCCUUCCAUGAGGACCCCCAAAAGCAGAGCAUGCUGGGAAGAUGAACCCGGGACCCCGUUGGCUGUGGCCCAGCUGAGCAGCAUCUAUGGAGAGGAAGAAAGGGAGGGGGCCAGGGGAAAGAAGGAGGCAGGUGGAGAGAGAGACGUGGAGGAGAAUGAGGGUGAGCAGACGGCAGGAGAGAUGGGGAUAGUUCAGCGGGGGGAGAUGAGCUGGGAUGGAGUGAUGGAGGAGAGAAGGGAAGGAAGGAUGGAAGACCCUGAUCCACAGAGGAGCAGGACUGACGGAGGUGUGGAGGAGAACUGCAGGACUGGCGGGGGGAGGGCGAACGAUGAGGAAGAGGGUGGGGGGGCGGAGCUGGGGGUGGGGGAGCAGAGAACGAGGAUGAGGAGGUGGAGGUAA